GCUCUACCACUAGAACGCAGAGGCAUUAAUGUUGAAGGUCCUCAGCGUUACUGGAACUGUCCAAAUACAACAUAUUUGGAAUAAUUAUCCGCUUCACGCUUUAUGAUAAUUUCAUAAUGGAACGACGUUUGCUUUCCUCUCCAUGGUGAUCAUUCUACAGAAACUCGUUAGCGUAUCUAUGAGACCGUGAACACACUACAGUAGAAACUGGUCUGAUGCAGUCGGUUUCCGCAAAGGUGACGGACGUUAAAAUGUCGGCGAAAGUGGAACCUCUUCCAGUGUCUGACAAUCAAGGGUUUACCAAUUUCAUGUUUGCCCGGAGUACAUUGAUGUUCGCUUUUGGGGGUAUAUAUACUGGAGACAUAUUUAAGCGCUACAGGAAAAUACGUCGAACCGCUGUUGGUGUGUCCAUGUCUGUGCUAUCAGCUGUCACGACCCUGUUUUGCCUAAACUUUUACUACAAGACGACGACGCCUGCAAACCUUCUGCUACAAUCUUCAGGAUAUCUACAAAUAUUUAUCAAUGCCAUUGUAUGCUCUCUGACAAUUUCAAAGGAUAUCAAACACCUAAAAAAACACUUAUAUGAUUAUGAGAAACGACAUUGUUUGUGUGCCAACGUUCCUAAAAUGAAGAAGUGGAUCACCUUCUCGUGCAUUCCGCUAUUUGCGGCAAUACCUGCCAAGGCAGUAGUUGAAGGACUUAAUCUGCUGCCUGCUCGCAUAUACUCAUCCUGGCUCUUUGAAUCUCCCUGGAUUUAUAUCGGAAAAUGUGUCACAACCUUCAGUUUUAUCAUUAGCUGCGCACAAGGAUAUGGCUUUCUUACCCUAACAACCCCAUUGGUCUAUAUCCUCUGGCGUGAAUUUAUCCAAAUUGACGAAAAGUUUAAACAACUUAUAAAGUCCGAUGAUCCGAGUGUUGAGGAGACUACUGAUGCAAUAAUGUGCCAACACGAAACACUGGCAAAGAUUCUAUCUCUAGCAAGCACCUGUUUUCAAUUUUUCAGUUUCAAUAUGAUCUUCAUAACAAUUAUCGCUAACGGUGUAUAUUUUUACAUCGCAGUUUCCCAGUCUGUUUCAAUAACGGAAAAUAUAUUCAUCUGGUUUAUGAUGACAUCUACAAUGCUGACUGUUGCUGUGAUUCUGCUGAUGCAAGCACAGCUAUGUUCCAAGGCCCACGCUCCGCUGCAACACUUGUGGAUGCUGAACAAGAAUCAUUUUUCUGAUCGUGGACUUCAAAAGUUGAACCUGUGGGUUUCCAGACUGACAGGAGAACCAAUCGCCUUCAGUAUCUACGGCCUAAUCACCAUCAACCUUCCAACACUCAUGGGGAUGUUUGGAACGGUUGUGACCUACAUCUUUGUGGUGUUGCAGUUUGGUUCUUCCGGAGGUUCCACAUGCCAGACGCCACACGGGAACAUGUCCCUCAACAUUUAAUAGCGCACAAAUCUGGCCACACUGUUAUAUAUUUUGUCAUACAUAGAAGUGUUGCACGCUUGUCCUUUCAGUGCCUGAUUGCUAACUGGUUCACUUUGUGUGAAGACAAAUGUCCCCAUACUCGCCUUAGUUUCGCACUUGAAGCAGGUUGGAGGCCGUUAGGAUUGUGGUGAUGAAUUCUCCGCGUAUCAGAACACAUAUUGUAAUCAUAUUUGGUUGUGAACUCCGAUAUUGAAACAUUACUGUAUAUGGAUAACUUUCAAGAAGAUUUUAUUGUCAUAAUUUUGAAUUGGGCAGAUUAUUUACGGACAAGAGCGUUGACACUGAACAGUGUAAUACAAAUCAGGAUAACUUUGAUGACAAUUGCGACACCGAACUAUACUUGGCAAGUCAGACGAUUGAAGAAUCAGGAAUUAUUGUCACACUUGUGUCUGAGAGACAGUUACAUUCUGAAAUACUAGAUUCGUUAAAAAGGUGACAAUGAACGUUUUGUACACGUAACGCAGUUAGAAACCAAUCUGGACAAUGAAGAGCGUCGGUUCGGUACUCCCCUUUCUGAAACGGAUAUGGUAGAUAUAUGCGAUUCGGCAUACUCUGUGAACACUGAACAUAAUAGUAGGUGGACUUUGAAUAUUUUCGAGAAUUGGGUUGAUGAGAGGCAAAAACGCAGUAAUAAUGAAAUUCCAAAGGCAAUUCAAAACAUAGUGUCGUCAGCUGAAAACGAAAAUGAUCUGAACAGAACAUUAAUGUUAUUUUAUGACGGAGGUUCGAAACCCAAAGCGUGAAGAGUGCCGAGGCAACACUCUUUGCGAAAUCGUGUCUUCUCUUCAGUGUUACUUAAGGAGGAAUGGGUUUGUCAUCAAUUUCUUUGAGUCAUCUUGUUACACCGUAUGCGAUACGUUCUCAAAGAUGAAAUAACUAGCUCGGAAAGGGAUGGGAAAAAGGACAAGCGAAUGUAACCACUGAACGGCAGGAAGAUGUUCUUCGGGAGACAGGUACAGCACAGAAAUUCUUGGACACUCUCGUCUAUUUAAUCGGGUUGAACUUUGAUCUUAGGGCAGGAGAUGAACACAGAUACCAAAGCAGUGGUUCAAAUUAACAGUAUCAGUUGUUGCAAUGGCGUCAAGCAGUUGAAAUAUACUGAGAACAUUUCCAAAACGAACAGAGGGGGGCUAAAGAACAGGACGGUUGAAAGGAAACACGUGACCAUCCCUAGUAAUGAAGAACACCCAUUCGUCAGCACUCGCCCCUUUCCGUAACCUGCAAGAAGACUCGUCCCCCUAUCGAUGAAUGUUAUGUGCGAAAAUACGACAAACCAAUCAGAGUGCGCGUAUGAUUUCAAGU